AUGUGUGAUUGUGAUAGAUCUUUGCCACAAUCAUUGGUGUUGGACUGUAGGGAGAUUGGAUGGAUGCAAACUGAUGAAGAUCAGGGCCGGUUUGGUGAAUGGGAGACUUCCUCAUGUGAUAUUGGUCGCUCCAGGAAGUCAUUUCCAUCCGGAGUUCGCGCCUAUGCCGUGAUUUGGUUUUGUCGGCCAUUUGGUUGCACCGCGGACGACCGGAUGGGGCUCUUCUGUAUAUCUCCUGAACCGUGA